AUGGACUACGAGCGAAUCGGAAAGACCCAGGUCACUAGCGGCGGCGGAUUUUCUCCGGGAAAGUUAAGGAGUAUGCUUCUCGGCGUCGACAGAAAGAAGAAAGAAGAAAUGCUUGAAUCAGCUCCUACUAUAAGAUCUGGGUCAAAUCAAAUCGAUGACGACCCAGUUGCUAGUGGAUCAGAUGAUUGCAAAGACGUUGAUGUUGUGACUGUGAGUGAGAUUGUUGAUUGCUCUACUUCAGGGAUGGAUCAAUCUUCGAUUACCUCGGAUCUUCAUGAAUAUCCGAGUCUUGAUUGCAAGAACGUUUCUGCUGCAACUGUAUUUGAGUUUCAAAAGACAGAAAAGGAAAAAGCCACACAGAGAAUGCCUAUGAGAUCAUUCUCUAAACCGGCUCCAUCUAAAUGGGACGAUGCUCAGAAAUGGAUCGCUAGUCCUACAGCUAACCGAACCAAAACCGGACCGAAGAAAGGACCGAGCUUUGGUCGGCAGUCUUCUAUGAAGAUUCUUGAAGUUGCAGCUGGCGUUGAAGAGCCUGAUACAAAGCGCGUAGAUGUAAGCCAAGCGAAGAAGGAGUCAGGACAGAAGUUUGUUAGCUGGGAAGAAGAAGACUCUUAUGUCAAACCUGUUCUUAUAGAAUCAGCAACCGAAGUGAAUCUCAGUAGACAUGACUCGUCAAUAGCCACUGCGUUUGCUCAACCGCCUUCAACAGCGAGGUCUGUGUCAAUGAGAGACAUGGGGACUGAGAUGACUCCAAUAGCAAGCCAAGAACCAUCGAGAACCGGGACGCCGAUCAGGGCAACAACGCCGAUGCGGAGUCCUAUAUCUUCUGCACCUUCUAGUCCUGGAAGACAAGCUUCAUCACUGUCGGAGAAAGAGCUUCAGAUGAAGACAAGGAGAGAGAUAAUGGUGUUGGGCACUCAGCUUGGUAAACUGAAUAUUGCAGCUUGGGCUAGCAAAGAGGACGAAGACAAAGAUGCUUCGACAUCAUUAAAGACCAAAGCUUCUCUGCAAACUUCUAAAAGUGUCUCUGAAGCUCGUGCUUCCGCGUGGGAGGAAGCUGAAAAGGCUAAGCAUAUGGCUAGAUUCAGACGUGAAGAGAUGAAGAUUCAAGCGUGGGAGAAUCAUCAGAAGGCCAAAUCUGAAGCCGAGAUGAGGAAAACUGAGGUGGAGGUUGAGAGGAUAAAGGGAAGAGCGCAUGACCGGUUAAUGAAGAAACUAGCUGCGAUUGAGAACAAGGCAGAGGAGAAGCGAGCAGCGGCUGAAGCGAAGAAGGAUCGUCAAGCAGCUAAAACGGAGAAACAAGCUGAACAAAUCCGAAGAACAGGGAAAGUGCCUUCAUUGUUCUCCUCUUGUUUUAGCUUUUGUUCUUGA